CGAAUCCCGCAAAAUUUUUCAGGGACUUGGAAAAGGGUAGGCAUGAGAAUAGAUCAUACAGAGAGACUUCAAAAAGAGCGGUUGUUGACCGCCAUGGAAUGACGUAUGAACCGCUUCCGAAGUUAGCACAAAGCCUCCGGUAAUGAGCGAGUAGCUGCUGAGAGGGAUUAAAAUCGAAUUUUCUGUGAAGCUCAGAAUGAAUUCUCUCCAUCUCUCGUUAAAGGUACCAUCGGCUUCUGAAAUAUUCGCGAUAAAGCAUAGCUAACUUUCUUGUAUUGCCGAUGUCUAUCGACGCGUAAGGCUCGAGAACGAACUCCCUCCAUUCCACGGCUUAACCAUCGCCGGCCUCUGCGAUAAUCGAGAUGCCCAGCAGGGAUCUCUUCUCGAUAAGCAAGUGAAAGAGAGAACAUAAGGCUCACUCGCCAUUGUCUGGCGCAAUCGGCUAGAGCAGCGUUAGAGACGUUCUCCCCCCUUCAUCUUUUGUUCCAUUCAAGUCUUUCAGGUUCUUCCGGCGGAACCCAUUAACCAGCAGGCCGGCUGCAAGAGGGCAUAGACGGAGGCGGAGAAGAAUUGUGGUGGUGGGCGACGAGAGAUGGUGGCUAUAUCGCUUUACAGGGGGAACCUCCACAAGGUGCCGGAAGCACCUAGGAUGUGGGUGAUGCCCAAGCACCGCCUCUCCCUCCGCCAAUUCAGAGCCCUCCUGGCCAGGCGAGACCGAGCCCUUCAUACCCUGAUGGCUUCCUCCUCCGAACCCCCUCCUCUCCUCGACGCCCCCGCCCGAGCCAAUGAAUCGGCCUGCCCUAAUCAAGAUUCCCUUCAUGCCACAUCUUCCGAAAAUAAACCGCAGAAAGGCACUGCAGAAGGAGGAGGUAGUGGAGGUGUUGAUAAAGCUGAAGAAGAAGCUGGGGCUGCUGAUAUGGUGAUUGAUGCCAAGGAUGUCGUCCGACAAGAAGAUGAUGCUGCUGUGUCGGAAGGAGGAGGUUCAAGGCUCAUGGGUCAUGGUAAAGAGGAGCAGGAUGUUAACGGUGGUGGAAAAGAUUACCUUGUUGUGGCAGGAGACAAGACCGAAAUGGCGGUUCAGGAGAGCAGGGCUCCUGAUGCCCUUGGUGAUCGAGGGAGCAGAAAAAGUGACUUGGAACAGAAAUUGGAGAAUUUGAACAAGGAGAAGCAUCAUUUGGUUCAAAUGCUCAAGCAGAUCCUAAAUGCAGAAGAGGAAAUAAAGAGGCGCCAUAGCAUGCAAGCAUCACAAAUCCAGGUGCCUGGUUUGGCACAAUUUGAAGUUUCAACCAUGGCUGGAACUGUAAUGAGGCAACCUGUGCAUAGACCGGGAUGUGAUAUAAAUUCUACUGGUGAUUUGGAAGGAGAAUUGGAAGAUGCUUCUAAUCCUCACAUGCGCAGCAUGUAUCAAGCACCCGCUACCUCUCCUUCAGCAGUUUCUCCCCUUGCAAGACCUACAUAUGAUUCUACACAAAGUAAUGUGAUGGCCCACACGAACAGGGUGGGCUAUACAACAGUUGCACAUUGUCAGACAACUAACUGGCCAUCCAGCGUCUCAGCUAGUCCAUCACGUUUUGCUCCUAGUGCAGGACAGGGGCAUCCUGCAAAUCUGCCACCUCUCUCCAUGUCAGGUGUACAAUUCACAGCUUCUACACCAUCUCCUGCAGCAUCAACCGGUACUCCUACAUUUAGAGACACCCGACCCAAUCAAUCAUGGAGCCAAAGGUGAUUGGUUGUGCAUGGAUUUUUAUUCUAUGAUGAGGUACAGAGAACAAACUCCAUUUUCGUGCAUGAUUUAUCAAAAAAUGGCCAACUAAUGGGAAUUCAGGUGCUAACGUCUCCUCUAGGGCCUACAGGCUGAUUGUUGAGUACUGGGGGCUCGCUUAACAUAGUGGUUGUGAAAGCUCAGAGUGAUAUUGGAGAAAGUGUUUAAUGUAAGUAUUUUCUACUUGCAUUUGUCACAUGUAUCAAUGCUAUUUUAUAUCCUAGCAUCUGCAACUAUUUCAGUUCUGUUGUAUAGGCAUACAGAAGCGACCUAUUCUGCUCUGUGGCGUCUACAGUAAUUCUAUGAGCGUGGUGUUUGAGGUUUUAGCAAUAACCAAAAGUCUUUGUAAUAUUAUCAAAUGAAGAGAAGUUGCCAUCGAGACGACAAAUAUGAGAGUGAAGAAUUUUGUGCAGAUGGUGUGAAAGUUGAGCUGAGCAGAUGCAUGUAUUGAAGCAUGUCUAAUGUGGAGGCUGCCAACUUUACUGAACACGCUAUAUGUUGGUUUUUUUUAUUACUUAA